CAGCAGGGGGCGGAGUCACUGAGCAAAACACAACAGCUCAGUCUCUGUUAGCCCAGUAAUAAUAGAUCAUCUCCCAGUUUAUUACCUUUAUAUUAAUCAGUGUGAAUAAGAGGAGCUGCCGGAGCUGCUGAUUAUCUGCUGGAGGAAAUGAAGGAUUAGCGGUUCGGUUCUGAUCCAGACCCGAUUUAAUCAAAGGUAAUGGAGUUCCCAGGUCACAGUCAGCAGCUCCUGGCAAGUCUGCGCUCUCAGCGGCUGCAGGGAUUUCUGUGCGACUGCACGGUGAAGGUCGGCCCGACCCGUUUCCUGGCUCACCGCGCCGUGCUGGCGUCCUGCUCGCCGUUUUUCCACAUGUUCUACUCUGAGCACCCAGUCGGGAGCACGUCCACGGUUAACGGAGGUCCAGACAGGGAUACGGUCACCAUUAAUGGAGAUAUAGUGACUCCUGCUGCGUUCGGGCUUCUGCUGGAUUUUAUGUAUGAAGGAGUUCUGCAGUUGGUCACUCAUCCCCCUCCAGAAGACGUGCUCGCUGCUGCCAGCUUCCUGCACAUGAACGAUGUGGUCAGAGUGUGCAAGAAAAGACUGCAAGGCCGCGGAUUGGCCGAGGCGGACAGCACCAGGGCCGAGGAGGCGGGAAGCGAGGCGAGUGUGCGGGACGGCGGGUUGUCUUGUGAAGGACGGUCGUCAGAUCGUGAAGCGGGAGAGAGAAGCAGCGGAAUGGGGGAACUGUUGGCAGACGGCGGGCAGCAGGUAGCAGCCAGUAUUUCAGGAUCUAAUGUAUCCUUAGUACUGCCAUCAUUAACGCAGAGUCUUCAACCAAGCCAGCAAACAUCUUCUCACAUCGACACUAAAACUGAGCUAGGGAUGCCCAGCCGAAUCUCGCACAGCGCCAGUUUGGGCAGUCCAGAUAUGGCGGACACUACUCAACCAGGUAUGGAUUCAGCAAUUUCUGCAAUGAGCGAUUCAGGGCCGGGAGGCUUGUACACAUCGUCUCCAGGUCCAGUUAGAGCGGGAACAUCAACAACGUCAGGUAGUCGGGUUGAGUCUGCACUUUCGAGCCCUUGUAGCACCACAGAACCAAUUCUGACGGGCACAGAAAGUCAGCCCAGUAUCUCAUCUGUGACGUCGAUGGCUCUGGUCUUUGCAGACGCCAAUCAAGCUGGAGAUUCGGCUCGUGGCAGCUCUUUAAAAGAAGCUGGCACCGUUCUGGCACGUGGCAGCUCCUCACCACAUGGUGCACAUGGUCAGAUAACGAAAGUAACCAAGCUUAGUUCAUUUGACCAAGUUCAAGUUCAGCACGGUAGCGGACAACAAAGUUUUAGUAAUAUUUCGUUAUCAAUCCAACAUAGUCAGAGCCAGGCUGAAGCGAGACAAGCGGAAGCGAGACAAGCGGAAGCGAGACAGACUGUAGCGAGACAGACUGUAGCAAUACAGUCUUCACGAAGUUUGAGCGAACAACAGCCGCAGCAGCAGCAGCUUCCGCCACCACUACAAAAGGAACGAAUAAAGGAAGACGAAUCGAUAAAAGUCAAGGUGGAGGCCAUUGUGAUCUCAGAUGAAGAGCUAGAAGAUGACGAUGAUGAUGACAAUGAUGUUGAGGAGGAGGAGACGCUUGUCCAUGUCCGAGUCAAUCAAAGAAAUCAAAGAAGAGAUGCCAGUGUAGCAGAACGUGGCGAUUACGACAGUAACCACGAUGUAGAAGAGAUCACCAGUGCCCACCACUUUAUACCACCCCACACACUCCUCCAGCUCCCCCACGAUCACCAAGAGCCCCUCUCAUACCCAUCUUCACCACAAGGUGGACCUAGCGCAUCAUCUUCUGAUACAACCAGCUUCCCAUCGUCCCUUUUCCAAACUGCCUCCCAGCAGUCAGAGCAGCACCAGGCCAUCUACUUCGAGGAGUUCCAGGAUUCUCUGGGGAAUUACGUGGAAGACGUGCCCACCUGCAGCACCUGCGGAAAGACGUUCUCCUGCGCCUAUACCCUGAGGCGGCACGCCAUCGUGCACACGCGUGAGCGCCCGUACGAGUGCAGUUACUGUUAUCGUAGUUACACACAGUCUGGGGACUUGUACCGACACAUACGAAAGGCACACGACCACGACCUGCCGGUCAAACGUAGCAGAACAGACACCGACCCGCCACUCCCGUCACCGCCUCUUCCACAGCCUCCACAGACAUGAGUGGACGGAUGCAGAGGCUCAUCAAAACUCAUGAACUCUGAUAAAAACUUUCGCCAAGGUUUUUUUAUUUAAGAAAAAAAAUUAAAUGUGUGCCCAGGUUGUUCGGACCAACGUUCUCAAGUUCUCACAAGUUUUAGACUUUUACUGUUAAUAUAAAGCCAGAUCAAAGGCAUCAUCAUUAUUGAGCAUGUAACUACUCAUCUUCUGUACAUCUCAUGCAAUACACACCUACACAGUCCAGUUCCUGUACGUUAGAUCAGCUCCACUGCACUGACCAUAUAAGGCACUACGUAGUUCUAUAAUGUGGUACAGGUGCAUCAGACACAGCAGUGCUGCUGGAGUUCUUAAACACUGUAUCCAGGCCUGUCACAAUAAUGUUGUUGUUGUUGUUUUUUAGAUGCUAUAUAUGGAGUAUGAUUGUCAUGUUAAGACCAUUUUAUGCAACUGAUGUUUUAUAUAUAAUAGAUAAUAAUAUAUAACAUAUACCGUAUUUUUCGGACUAUAAGGCGCACCGUAUUAUAAGACGCACUAUCAAAGAAGCUUAGAUUUCCAGAUGUCCACUAAGGCUUGCUGCACCAGCGUUAGCAUAGCUAUCCGCUAGCACGCUAGCUAGUCCCCUAAACUAGUAAAGUUAACCCAAACUUAAACGACAGCGUUACACUGAGUAAUCCUGCGUGUUCUGGUAAGACAGUGAGAUAUUAGCUAGCGAUUCGUCCCCCGUAGCUUGUUUUAACACGGUAAACAAGCAGAUUACAGGCUGAUAAAACUCACCUCUGAGAGAGUUAGCGCUUAGCAUCUAGCUAAUGCUAGCCAGGCAAAGCAGCACAGACUUACAGGCCGAUAACUCACCUCUGAAUGGUGAACGCUUAGCGAUUAGCAUCUAACUCUAAUAAUACUCCAGCAGUAUUAAAAGUACUAAAUUUAGAUAAUACUGAUCUCUGAACAGUGAAAAAGCUAGCUAGCUUAGCGGUUAGCAUCUAGCUAAUGCUAUUGCUGCUCCAGCCACGGAGCUGCACGGCUCUGCAAGGAGUGUGUGUUUACUUUAGAUAAUUUACAUAAUACUGAUCUCUGAACAGUGAAUAAGCUAGCUAAUGCUAUUGCUGCUCAGCCUCGGAGCUGCACGGCUCUGGACUCUGUAUAGCACUGAAACUCUCUAUAACGCUGCACCGAGUGUCUGUUUACUGCUCCUUACAACCUGACGGGUAAAAUCCAUACAAAAGGCGCACCGUAUUAUAAGACGCACUGUCAAUUUUUGUGAAAAUUAAAAGUUUUUAAGUGCGCCUUAUAGUCCGAAAAAUACGGUAAUAGAAUUUCUCUGUUUUAAAGAGCAAUUGAUUUUAAUUAAUAAUAGCAGCAUGGGGAGGCCUGUCAUGAUAAGAUUUUUUUUUGUGGGUGAUCAAUAUCAAUAUUAAUAUAUCGUCCAAGACAUUUUUGCAAAGUAAGAUAGUGUCAUUUUAAGAUCCUUAAAUGCUACUGACAUAACGAUAGUACAAUAGCAUAACAAAGCAAAACAACAUUUUUUUUAAUUAAACAUACAGCAAAACUUUUUUUUUUAAAUCAGUUUCUCUGAUUUUGAUAUUUAUAGGUUUAUGUUUGAGUAAAAUGAACAUUGUUGUUUUAUUCUAUAAACUACAGACAACAUUUCUCCCAAAUUCCAAAUAAAAAUAUUAUCAUUUAGAGCAUUUAUUUACAGAAAAUGAGAAAUGGCUGAAAUAACAAAAAAAAACAUGUAGAGCUUUUAGACCUCAAAUAAUGCAAAGAAAACAAGUUCAUAAAGUAUUCAUAAAGUUUUAAUAGUUCAGAAAUCAAUAUUUGGUGGAAUAACCCUGGUUUUUAAUCACAGUUUUUGUUCAUGCAUCUUGGCAUCAUGUUCUCCUCCACCAGUCUUACACACUGCUUUUGGAUAACGUUAUGCGGCUUUACUCCUGGUGCAAAAGCAAAGCAGUUCAGUUUGGUGGUUUGAUGGCUUGUGAUCAUCCAUCUUUUCUCUUGAUUAUUUUCCAGAGGUUUUCAAUUUGGUAAAAUCAAAGAAACUCAUCGUUUUUAAGUGCUCUUUUAUUUUUUUUCUAAAGCUGUGUGACUAAACAUACAAAUAAACACAAUAAACCAUAUCACUAUAUUAUAUAUAUAUUUUUACAUGAGGUUAUGUAAUUAUCAUGACAGGCCUAAGUGUUGGGGAUCACUCUGCUUUUGCCAUUGGAUGUUUAAAUACUGCCAGUCAAAAAGUUGUAGCAUAUUUUUAAAUGCUGUUUUUAAGAAAGAAAUAACUGCCUCAAGUAACUUCACUUGACCUGUCGCAUCCCAUCCUGUCCAGCUAAAAAAAUCCAGCAGCACUGCUGUGUAUGAUUUACUCGUAUUAGCACAACAAACACACUAACUAAUCAGUGCUAAUCACUGCAAUGCUAAGAAUAAAAAACCCUCUACCUAAAUAAUAAUAAUUAUAAUGAUAAUAACAGCUGAUCUGUGGUGGUUUUCUAUCCUGUGGGUACUGAGUAUUAAAAAACAGGGAGAAAGACGGAUAAUAAUAAUAAAGUAUACAGAGAAACAGAUACAGAACUACUGUCUAUAAUUAUUAUAUAACUAAAAAGUGUCCUGUAUGAUCAGUGGAGCUGAUUGAUAAGAUGGUCAGAGUGUAUAGAAACAAGCAGCUGAUCAUAAUAUUCUGACUGGACUGUCUAUACAGCGGAUUUUCACUCCAUUCUCUACAGUAAAUGCCUUUUUGUAUGUAAGUCGUCUCAAGUGUGAUAAACGAUAGAGUGAAAGAGUGUAGUUGUUUUUAAUAAAGUACAGCUGGUUUAAUA